AUGAUAACAACACAAAAAGUGAUGAACGAUGUUUUGUUCGAAGUUCUUUGAGAAGAGCUGAGUUUCACCUCAAGGUUUCUUCGCUGCAAGUGCAUUUGUAGGUUGAUUUAUUCUCUAUAUUCAACGUUUAGACAUGAAUUUGAAAGCAGAGCUUCAAAUCAAACUAGAGCAGACAAUUCAGUUAUUGAAGCUUGCAUACGCCACAUACAAACCUGAGGAAAUAUUUCUAUCAUUCAAUGGAGGAAAAGAUUGUACAGUUUUGCUGGACAUCAUUUUGAAGAUGCUCCCCACAGCAGUUUCCUCUAAUGACCUACAAUGCGUCUACAUGCAGCCCAAGGAACCGUUCGAAGAAGUCGAGGAAUUCAUCGAUCACUGUAGGAAGCACUACGGUAUAAAAAUCCGUGCAAUGAGGGGUAGCAUCAAGACCAUAUUGGAGAAAAUUUGCGACGAAAACGGUGACAUCAAGGCAUGCUUCAUGGGAUCCCGGAGAACCGAUCCGUACUGUGGAAAUCUCAAAUUGAUGCAGGAAACAGACCCUGGAUGGCCAAAGUUAAUGCGAAUAAGUCCACUACUAGAUUGGAAUUGUUCCGAUAUCUGGGAAUACAUUCGGCAAAACGAAGUGCCUUAUUGCAGUUUGUAUGACAGAGGGUACACGUCCAUUGGAGAUAAAACCAACACAAUUCCGAAUCCGAACUUGAAGUGCACGGGAAAGGCAGGUGAACUGUUUUAUCUACCAGCGUAUCAUUUGCGCGAUGCUGACAAGUUCGAACGAGCUGGGAGGUUGUAAUUGUAACCUCAACGGAUUUGGCGUACGACUUUGUGUUGAAAAUAUUGCAGUUGAAACCCGCAAUUUUUUACUAGCUAAGUUGGAUUUUUCUCCAAAUCCGUGCGUCGGACCUAACUUCGGAAGUGGUGCGCUGUAUAGCGGACCUUGAGCGGACCAGGUUUACUAUACAACGCACCACUUUCGAAAUUAGGUCCGACGCAUGGAUUUGGAGAAAAAUCCAAUUUCGCUAAGCGAAAAUUCCGAUUUUCAACUAAAUUAAGAAUAUCUGCGAUAUUGUAGUUUUCCAUUUCAAAGGCCUCAAGUACACAGGGUCAAAUAUUUGACAAGAAAUGAACUAAAGAUCAAACAUUAUUUGACACUAAUGAAAAUUAGAUCGAGUCAAACAAGAUGUUUGAGCACUGGUUUCUUUUUGGACAAAUAUUGGACCCUGUGUACUGUGAUCUUAAGCUACAUGACGCUAAAAUUGGUGCUUACAAUAAAUUAAAUGUUGAUGAUUUUUUUUUACGUAGAACGUAAUAAACACAUUCAAAACAGUUAA